AUGGCUACACAUUCAGUCGAUAUUUCUGAAAAAAUCGUUGAAAACACAAAAAUUUCAAGUGUUGAAGAAAAAAAAUUAUUAACAAAGCUUGAUUUAAGAAUUAUUCCUUUGCUUACACUUCUUUUUACCCUUAGUUUCUUGGAUAGAGUCAACAUUGGAAAUGCGAAAUUAGCCCAUUUGGAACGUGACCUUAAUUUAGUAGGAGAUCAAUUUAAUUGGUGUUUGGCCAUAUUCUUUUUCGGGUAUGUAGUAUUCGAAGUACCAUCCAAUAUCAUAUUAAUCAAAGUCAAACCUUCGAUUUGGAUUUCAACACUCACGGUCGGUUGGGGUAUCACAAUGAUAAGUAUGGCAUUUGUAAAAAAUUUUUCUCAAUUGAUGGGCAUAAGAUUUUUAUUGGGUGUUUUUGAAUCUGGUCUUUUGCCCGGUAUCAUAUUUUAUAUUACAAAAUGGUAUAAGAGAUCUGAACGAGGUUAUCGAAUUAGCUUGUUUUAUACUGGUGCUACAAUUGCUGGAACAUUUAACGGUCUUUUAGCAUAUGCUAUCACAAAAUUAGAUGGUAAAUCUGGUUUAAGUGGUUGGCAAUGGAUAUUUCUUAUCGAUGGGCUAGCGACAGUCAUUGUUGGACUUUUCUCAUACUUGUUAAUAUCGAAUUAUGCGGAAACCGCUACUUGGCUUACGGAAGAUGAAAGAAAGUUAGUCAUUGAUCGAUUACGAAUUGAUGGCGGACAUGCCCACACAACUCAUUUUGAUAAAUUUCAGAUUUUUCAAGCUUUUAAAGAUUUGAAAGUCUAUAUAAACAUGCUUAUAUUUUUUUGCGCGAUUGUCGUAGUAUAUUCUUUUUCUUUUUUCAUUCCAACCAUUGUAAACGGUCUAGGAUUUGAUACGGUUAUUUCCCAACUUCUUUCCACUCCCCCAUUUAUUUUGGGAUGUAUUUCAUCUGUCGUGAUAGCAAAAUUAUCUGAUCACCAUAACGUUCGUAGUCCAUAUUUAAUAUCUUGUUUGCUAGUGGCAAUCCUGGGAUACGCGUUGCUUCUUGCAAAUAAUGCAAGUAUUGCUUUGAAAUAUUCCGGUGCUUGUAUUGUUGGAUUGGGUUUUUUUUCAAGUAUCCCUAUUUCAUUUGCAUGGAUGUUAAAUAAUUUGGCAGGUGAUUCGAAGCGUGCUGUAGGUUGCGCGAUGGCAGUAUCAAUGGGCAGUUUUGGUGGAAUUGUAAGUGCCCAAUUAUACAGACCUGGUGAUGCACCAGCUUUUAAACUUGGUCAUUCUGUUGCAUUAUCGUUCUUAGUUAUUGCGGUAAUUUUAUCUAUAAUCCAAUUUUAUUACUUGGAUAGAAUGAAUAAAGAUAAGCUCAACAAUCCUGAUAAAUUUUUGAAAGGACUAAAUGAGGAGGAGGCUAAACAUUUGGGAGAUUCACACCCUUCGUUCACUUAUAGUUUAUAA